UAAAUUAAUUAAAAAUUAUAGGUCUACUUAAAAUAAUUUGUUUUAACAUUACUUUCUAUUAAAUUCAUCAGUUUUAAAUAUUCGUUUAUUUAUAUACUCCGUUUGAAACAGUUUCCAUCUCUUUUUAAUAGUUGUGGGAAGAAAAACAAAUAUGGAUGUGAUUUUGGAUGUGAUCACAAAAAAUUAACAUGUUUAUUAAGCAGUUAUUUGCUUUGUUUAUUUAAUGUGCUCGUGAAUGUUAGAAGUAUAUAUUAUCUAUCUGUUUAAAUUGAGUGUAGUUUUAGUGAAUUAGAAGAUACAAACUUAAGUCAUGGAAUUAGGAGAUAGAGUGUAUGCGGCAGAACGAAUAAUGAAGAAACGCAUUAGAAAAGGAGUUGUUGAAUACCUUGUGAAAUGGAAAGGUUGGAGUCAAAAACAUAACACUUGGGAACCUGAAGAAAAUAUACUAGAUGUUCGGUUAAUAGAUCUAUUUGAAAGGUCUUUGGUCAAAUCGGAUACUCAUAAGAGAGGUCCUAAAAAGAAGGACCGCAGUAGUGAACCUGUCCAGCAAGCUGAGACAGAAGAUGAGGCACACAACAGUGGAGAAGAAAGUCAGGAUGAAACAAACCAACCAAUUAAAAGUACAACUAAGGAAGAUAACCUGCCUGCAGUAGAAGAUGAAAAUGCCAGGUCAAAUGCAGAAAAUGAUAACGAAGUUAGUGAACAAAAUAAAUUGGAAUCAGGUAUUAAUGUAGAAGUAGAGAACACAAACAGUUCAAGCAGUGAAGACAGGCCAAUAUUGGCACGAUUAGAGAGCAUAGGUACUAAGAGGAAGGCAGAAGUAUUGUCAAAGGAGUCUGGGAAAAUUGGAGUUACAAUAACUACAAGCCCUACAAGCAGUAGUCCACCUCCAGCUAAAACAGUGAAACUGUCGUCAGUAAAGCAAGCAUCAGGUACAAAUUCUAAUGCGAAAGUGCCAGAAGAAGUUUCGGACAUUCCUUCGGCUUCAAGCCCGGAAGUGCUGACUGCGGCCGUGGCGCCCGAGUGCAAAAUAACGGACAACGGACACAGUGUGUGUGCCGAGACGGGCGACUCUUCCCCUUUACUCACUAGUCCGGGUUCGGACUAUUGGUUGGCCCGGAAUCCCGUUGCCGAUCAAGUGUUUAUCACUGACGUUACGGUCAAUUUAAAAACAGUUACGAUUCGUGAGUGUAAAACCGAAAAGGGUUUUUUUAAAGAACGCAGUAGUGAUAGCAAACCCAACGAUGUGGUGUGAACGUGCGAUUAAUUGAUGAAUUCUGGGCCACAAAAUUAAGUCUGCAUACGUACCUAAAUAAUGCUAGUAGUUAGUGUAACACGGGAGGGUAGAAAAAACCGAUUCGGUUCAACUACGGAAGUAGUUACAGUUUUAUUAGGCUCUAAAAGAAACAAUCUUUUAUUAUCUGAAAUAAGAAAUCUAGUACCUAGUAAUUGUCAGGAAUAAAAUACAAAUUAAUACUUAAUCUCAACUUUGUUUAAAGAUAAAAAACUAAAUUGGGGAAGCCCCUACAAUACUGAUUUCUGAAGUCAAUAUUUAUCUAAAAGGUGUUGCUUUUUAAAACUUUUUGUGAUUUUUCAGAUUCUUUUAGAGUUUAAUGCAUGAAUCGAUUUCGUGAUUGAAGUAAACUUUUAAAUGACUGCAAGUUGGUCUAAUGUGCCUCAGUGUGGUACAAUUGAUAAAAAAGUUAUUGCAGAAACAGGGUAGCUCAAAUGAGCGGUGUGUUGUAAUUGAAAAUAAACCAAAUGUCUUAUAUUUAAGACGUGGAAAGUGGCAGGACACUCGUGUACUGGUGCUGAAACCCCAAACUCUUUUAAUUUAUUUAUUAAAUAAUUAAUUGAUUAUUUAAUUCCAGUCGUGAACUAAGUUUUAAGAAAACUUUAAA